UGCGUAAAAAAAGGGCGGAAGUGUGUUGAGGAUCGCCACACGUGCGUAUUGUGGAGCUACGCAAAAAAAUCUUGUAGGUAUUUUACCACGUUUGUAUAAUUCAAGUUUUAAAUAUGACCAAGGUAAAGAAAGAGAAAAACUGCGUUGAAGAGGAAACCGCAGGAACAGAGAAAUCAUAUGAAGAAUUAAUAGCAAAUAUAAACCCUAUCGCAACCCCUCUUGCGUCCCGAAAACUGAGCAAGAAGCUCUACAAAUGCGUCAAGAAAGCUUCCAAAGUCAAAAAUAUCCGAAGAGGAGUGAAAGAGGUGCAGAAGUUUAUCAACAAAGGAGAGACGGGGAUUGUGGUGUUUGCUGGAGACACACUCCCCAUUGAUGUAUAUUGCCAUUUACCAAUCUUGUGUGAAGACAAAAAUCUGCCCUAUGCUUAUGUUCCAUCUAAAGUUGAUUUGGGUUCCUCUGCUGGCUCCAAGCGACCCACAUGUGUCAUCAUGAUCAAACCCCAUGAUGAUUAUAAACAAGCUUAUGAUGAAUGUGUGGAAGAUGUCUCAUCUCUACCCAAACCGAUUUAAGGACUCUUAAAAAGCUUUUUUAUUUUGAGUAUUAAAAGAAUGAUUGAAUGGAUCGCAUCAGUGUGGGUGCAUCAUGUUUAUGUAAAUCAUAUCAGUGAUUUAAACUCUGGAUUGUUCUCCUUUAAGAUGUUUUCAAUUUAAGGAAACUGAACAAAUGCACAGAUAUGGUUUAUGGUCUGUAAUGUUCAAUAAAUGGAGGACAGUAGAUGUAACCAUUGUUCAGUCUAUUGUAUUUUUCAAUAUGUGGCAUUCUAGAUCUCCGUUUCAUCUGGAUCAACAGUCCAUCUGUUUUUUUUUUUUAAAAGUGCUUGUUUGAAUGACAGAGUUUUGAUGGAAUUGACCUAACAGAAGGCUCUAAGGGAUGUGAAAAUAUUUUCUUUUUUGAAUA